CUGUGCUCACCAUGAGGAAAUGCUUUCAAGCAACAGAAAGGAAGUUUCUCCCCUGCUAGUGUGCUGGGAUGGAAAAUCUACUUCCAGUGGAAUCCAGGAGUAGAAGAGAAAGAUAAACAAACUCAGAGCAUCCACCCAUGUUCAGGGCCCUCCCUUUCUCAGAGAUUCCCCAGCCUGCACAGACUGUACCACACAUUCCAGGCUUCACAUUCAUAAACACAGUCUGUAGACAACAGUGCCGGCACCUCCCACCUACAAGUGAGCAGCUGUCCCCAGAGAUACGGGGUCCCCCUGUCCAUCUGCUGUCACCAGGGCUGCUGCCCAUCAUCUCCAAGAAUAAACUCCAGCUAGUCGCUUCGUGGAUCUGAAUCAUCUGAGAGGUUCCAAAGGAGGGGAGUGACUACCCAGGACGGACAAGCAGGCUAUAUAAGUUCCCAAGGGUUGGGCUCCACGCAGAUCUUUUCCUGUGGCUACUGCCUGCCAGAGAGUCACCAACGGAGAACUUGCUUGGCAUCUACCAUGUCCGAGGUUGGUACUCCUCAUGCUCCCAUCAAGAAGAAGCGUCCCCCUGUGAAGGAAGAAGACCUGAAGGGGGCCCGAGGGAGCCUGGCCAAGAACCAGGAGAUCAAGUCUAAGACAUACCAGGUCAUGCGGGACUAUGAGCAAGCUGGCUCGGCUGCCCCAUCUGUAUUCAGCCGAAACCGCACAGGCAGCGAGACAGUCUUUGAGAAGCCCAAAGAGGGACCUGCCAAGAGCGUCUUUGGCUGAGAAGUGUACAUUGCACCACACAUCUGGACACAGGAGCCUUUCCCACGAACUUUUUUUUUUUUUUUUUAAUGCUGGAAGAUGUUGUCUUUCCUCUGCUGCCUCUGGAACCAUCAUGACUUCUACAACCCUAACCCUUAGAAACACCAAUAACGAGUAAAGAGUAUGCUCAAUGCCCCUAACCUAUGAGGGAUGGUGCCAUGGCCACUGCCUGUAGAAGAAAGAAGGGACAUAUGGGGACAUAGCAUAUUUGGUGCCCUUCCUGGGCUCUGAGGUGGGCCAGGAAAUGCUGUGUGUGCUUUCAGAACCACUGAGGUGUUCUAGAAAGAGCCUUAGACAUGGAGCCCUGGCACGGACUUUCUGAUGCAUGCAGAGUUGUCUGUUCUUCCUAAACUUCUGUUUUAGGCUGGAAAGCUGGUGCCAUAGCUAAGAAUACUUGCUGUUUCUUUAGAGGACUCUGGUUCAGUUCCCAAAUAGCCACAUGGUAGCUCAUAACCAUUUAACUCUGCCACCCUCUCCUGGCCUCUGUGGGCAUUGCAUACAUGUAGUACACCUGUAGUCGAAAUAUUCAUAUACCUAAAAUAAAAAUAAAACAUAAAA